AUGGAAGCAAAGUUUCUAGGUGUAAACACUCGGCUUGAUGAGUUUGGCAUAGUGCUCAGAAAUGUCCAAGCUUCCAUUCAAUCUCUUGAAACCCAAGUCGGACAACUUGCUAAGGCGAACUCUAAAUGGCCACCUGGUAGUUUACCAAGCAAUUCUAAGGAUAACCCAAGGGAACAUUUGAAGGCCAUUACUUUGAGGAACGGGAAGCAAUUGGAGGAAAGGGCUAAAGAGGGCCCAAUUACCACAAAUGAAAAGGUAACCAUUCAGGAAGACCUUAGCCUGACUGAAAAAUUGCCAUACUCGUCAAGGCUUAUGCAAGACAAGGAAGAUGCUAAGUUCAAGAAAUUUCUCAACAUCUUCAAACAACUUCACAUAAACAUUCCUCUUGUUGAAGCCCUUUUACAAAUACCCAAGUAUGCAAAGUUCAUGAAAGAUCUCCUCACCAACAAGAUGAAAUUAGAAGAGUUGGAAACAAUGACUCUCUCUACAAAUUGCUCAGCAGUGAUUCAGAAGAAAUUGUCUAAGAAACUGAUUGAUCCUAACAGUUUUAUUAUUCCUGGUGUGAUUGGGGAAUGA